AUGGAUGAGGAGGAGGAGGAGGAGAAGCAGCGUGGAGGACAAGUGAGGAGAGGAGGCGUCGUCUGCAGGAGGAAGAGGGAGGGAGUGGGUCGAGUUGCGAUGUCGGGUGGUGGUGGAGUGACCACUGACACGGCGUCGGAGCCCGCCAUUGGAAGGGGAGAUCUGCUGGAAAUGACAUGGAAGAAAAUCCGCAAUGGCGCGAAUAAAACCCUCCUCUCGUCUUCCCCAGAGGCCAGACGGGCCGAAAAGGAAGGGUCUGCUGGUAAAGGGGUUUUCCAUCGCCAUAUGCUUCGAAGCCAGCAUGCCAGCUCAACGACGACAUGCCCAGAUCGUAUGGAGACGGCCAGCCCUCGGACUGGCGCAUUAGUGAGCUUGCAGCCCCUGUGA